AAACUCCCUAGAAAAGUUUAAACCUAAAGAGGAACGGGAGAAGAGAUCUGGCUGUACCAGUUUGAGGUACUGUAUGUUCAUAGCAUUCUCAAGCUUAUUUCGUAUGCAGUUCGUGUAAUGUGCCUCUCUCCUGAUUGUCCCAAUGCAAGACCACCUUGUCAGCCACAUUCUUGGUAUGCCUUUUGGCUUUAAUUGAAUCUUGUCCAACCCCCCAACUUAGUAGUAUAUUCGAAUACAUGGAAAGACCCAGCGGGGCCUGAGCCGUUUCUGCAUACAUGCCUGAGGCCCAACACACCCUAUUUCAUAGACUGCGGUCAGAUAAUCGUGAUGUCACUGCUUCUGGAUUUGGCUGAAGAAGAUGGCGGCCUCCUCAGGAGUUAAAGUUCCACGUAAUUUUCGCUUGUUGGAAGAGCUUGAAGAGGGUCAGAAAGGUGUUGGAGAUGGGACAGUCAGCUGGGGCCUUGAAGACGAUGAAGAUAUAAUGCUAACACGGUGGACGGGCAUGAUUAUCGGACCGGCACGAGUAAGUGUGACUGCAGCAGGAACUAAUUAUGAGAACAGGAUAUACAGUCUGAAAGUGGAAUGUGGUCCAAAAUAUCCUGAAUCACCACCGGUCGUUAGAUUUGUAACAAAAAUUUGCAUGAAUGGGAUAAAUAAUUCCAAUGGGAUGGUGGAUACACGAAGCAUACCAAUUCUAUCUAAAUGGCAAAAUUCUUAUAGCAUUAAAGUUGUUCUUCAAGAGUUAAGGCGUCUAAUGAUGUCCAAGGAGAAUAUGAAGCUCCCACAACCACCAGAAGGACAAACCUACAGCAAUUAAUUGUUCACAGAUUGUUUACUUUUGACCCCUAUUGUCUUAAACCUUAUUCUCUUAUAAAAAAUAUUCCCUCCACCAUUCUAAGAAUUUAGACAGAGCCAGGUUGGAUAUUCCUUCUAGUUUGCUCAUUCUAGAAUAUCCCCACUGAGAGUGAAAUUAUGUUUUUAAGAACACUGUUAUUCCUCUUCUAUUGACCUUUAUUUAACUAGGCAAGUCAGUUGAGAACAAAUUCUUAUUUUCAAUGACGGCCUAGGAACAGUGGGUUAACUGCCUGUUCAGGGGCAGAACAACAGAUUUGUACCUUGUCAGCUCGGGGGUUACUAGUCCAACGCUCUAACCACUAGGCUACUGUGACCAUUCACUUUCUGAUCAAGAGAUGUGUCAAGUUGGCUUCCCAAGAGAUGCAUAGCACCAAGUGGAGACCCAAGUCAGAAUAAUAAUAAUAAUAAUAAUA